CUUCAACAUUGCACCUGCAAAUAUUUUUUUUUGAAGAUUCCUCUCUUUCUCUCUCUACGGCCACACAAAGUUCCGAUCUUUUGCUGCUCUGAAGUUUAGGGUUUUUGUCUGCCUUCAGAUAGAUUCAAAUAUCUAUCUGCAACUGGGACCUGUUUUGAAUAUCGAGAUUCGUUUCUCUUCCUUCAAAUAAUUUAGGGUUUACAGAUCUAAGCAGCUAUCCAACUUCGACUCCGUUUCACUUCCUUACUCUCAACUGCUUCCGCGACAGCGGCGACGGAUAUAUAUAUUCAACACCAUGUUUUGGAAGCUUACCGCUCUUUCAGCUUCUUCACCUGUUGAGUCAGUGUUAGACAAGGAAAAUUUUACUUUGGAGGAGCUUCUUGACGAAGAAGAGAUAAUACAAGAAUGCAAAGCUUUAAACGGUCGCCUCAUCAAUUUUUUGCGAGACAGAGCUCAGGUGGAACAAUUAUUGCAUUAUGUUGUGGAAGAAGCUCCAGAAGAUGCUGAUAGCAAACGGAUCUUCAAGUUCCCCUUCAUUGCUUCUGAGGUAUUUACAUGCGAAAUUGAUGUUAUCCUCAAAACUCUCGUGGAGGAAGAGGAGCUUAUGGAUAUACUUUUCUCAUUCCUGGAACCAAAUCGACCUCAUAGUGCAUUGCUGGCUGGGUAUUUCAGCAAGGUCGUUGUCUGCCUCAUGCUGAGAAAAACUGUCCCCCUUAUGAAUUAUGUUCAAGCACAUCAGGAUGUUUUCCGCCAGUUGGUUGAUUUGAUUGGAAUCACGUCCAUCAUGGAGGUUCUAAUUCGCCUAGUUGGAGCUGAUGAUCAUGUCUAUCCCAAUUGCCUGGAUGUCAUGCAGUGGCUGGCUGAAAGCAAUUUGCUAGAAAUGAUUGUUGAUAAAUUGAGCCCAUCUAGCCCUCCUGAAGUUCAGGGUAAUGCAGCUGAAACUCUCUGUGCUAUAACACGUACAUCCCCAUCAGCACUCGCUACAAAGCUUUCAAGCCCAAAUUUUGUUGAAAGGAUAUUCAGUCAUGCACUGGAAAGCUCAAAUUCAACUUCUGGUCUCGUGAACUCUAUUUCUGUAUGCAUCUCUUUGUUGGACCCUAAAAGAUCUAUUCAUUCACCUUUGAUGUAUUCAUUCCGAAAUCAACACAUGUAUGAUCUUCCCGCCCCUGUUAACCCUGAUACAGUUGCUGCAAUGCUGCCCAGACUUGGCAACUUUCUGAUGCUAUUGAAUGUCUCAUCUGAUGAGAAAGUUCUUCCUACCACAUAUGGUGAGCUGAGGCCUCCUCUUGGGAAACAUCGUCUUAAGAUUGUGGAGUUCAUUGCCGUGCUGCUGAAGACUGGAAGAGAAGCUGCAGAGAAGGAACUGAUUGAUUCAGGAGCAAUUAAGAGAACUCUUGACCUUUUCUUUGAGUACUCCUUCAAUAAUGCAUUGCAUCACCACGUGGAGAGUAUAAUUGUCACUUGCUUGGAAAGCCAAAAUACAAAAAUUAUUGAUCAUAUGCUCCUAGAGUGUGAUUUGAUCGGGAAGAUUCUUCAGACUGAUAAAAAUCCCACUAUCUCUAGUGAUACUAAUGAGCCAACUUUACCUGCUGCUGGAAGAACGCCGCCUCGUGGAGGAAACAUUGGACACAUUACACGCAUUUCCAAUAAGUUAGCACAACUGGCAAACAGCAACAUUCACAUUCAGGCAUUACUCUUGGAAAGAAGUGAAUGGAAUGAAUGGCAAGCAAAUGUCUUACAUGAGCGUAAUGUGGUGGAAAAUGUCUAUAGAUGGGGUUGUGGCCGUCCAACUGCACUACAAGAUAGGACUAGAGACAGUGAUGAUGAUGACCAUGACAAGGAUUAUGAUGUGGCAGCGUUAGCAAAUAAUCUAAGCCAGGCAUUUCGAUACACCGUAUAUGACAAUGAGGAUGCUGAAGAGGGCAAUGGAGUUCUUGAUAGAGAUGACGAGGAUGUCUACUUUGAUGAUGAAUCUGCUGAAGUUGUGAUAUCAUCCCUGAGGCUUGGUGAUGACCAGGGAAGUUUGUUUACGAACUCCAACUGGUUUGCAUUCCAAGACGAGAGAAGCACAGAUGCUCAUAUGAGCAGCAGUCGUCCCGAGAUUAUGGAUGAUAUCGACUUAAAUGGAUUAUCAGGUAGUAGUGGUAACAGCAGUAGUGACGAUGAAGUGGUAGUUGGAGAGGAUGAAGAUUUGACUGAAACAAGUAAGACACCUGUAAACGAGAAUGAGAUGCAGCAGCAAGAAGCAUCAGGUCAAGUUAGUUUCUUCCCAGACAAUGAAGACCCAUUUGCAGACAGACCAAUACCGGAGUGGGUCGGUUGGGGAGAAACAUCAGAUUUUCCAGUUGGUAGCACCAACCCGUUUGAAGACCCCCCACAAAACCCAUUUCUUGAUCCUACUACAGAUCAAACCGAAACUACUGUUUCAGAGAAACUGACCCCAAACGGGACGUCAAGUACUAUAGUGGCUUCUUUGUUUGAAGAGGGUGUUGAAUUUGUUGGUGUUGAAAUAGAAGGAACAGAGAAGGCCAUGGAUCAUGCCCUUAAGGAAGGGAUAGUUGGAGAAGCAGGACCGAUGAAGAAGAACAUUGUCCCUAAUUCUGAGGAGGAAACAGCCCCAGGUAUGAACAAGGAGUUUAACGAUGCCAAUUAUUGGAGGGUUGAACCCGAGGUUGCGGUUCUUGAAUAGAGCUGUUGAAAUUCAGUUUCAGUUUUUAUAUAUGUUGUGACAAAAAUUGCUGCUGGCUGUGCUGAAAAUGAAAGAAUAAUGAGAUUGAAGGCUGAAGAAGAAGAAGACUUGUGUACAGUACAUUUUUGUUUUUAAUUUGUUUUAUGUGGGAAUUGAAUUGAAUUGAAUUUGUAGUGUUAAAUGUUUGUUUCUUCUAAUUUGUAGAAAUAUUUAUUAUUAUUAUUUGUUGUAAUGUUUUGUUUGUUGUGUU